AUGGCAAAACAAGGCGGAGAUGCAGAAAUAGGUGACUAUUUUACAGCAAGUCACGACACCCAGAUUUUUUUAUUGCUUAACAUUCUAUCUAUCAAAUAUGUUUUGUAUUAUUUGUUUCUUAUCAGCCCAGAAAGGAAGGCAGAAUCGCAAUCACCAUUUUCAACCCAGAACCAACAGGAAGAGCUGAGCCUGCCAAUUACUUCAGCAUCACACCCCAGCCAUCCUGAGCAGCGCCCAAUAGAUACUUUUCUCCGUAAAGCGCCACCAUCUUCUUCUUCAAAAGUGGAAACUUUAGAACCUUGUUUCAAACCUCUUGCUCCCAAAUACCGCUCAGAGCCAGCAUUCACCGCUAUUCAGCCAACAACGUUGAAAAUAAAAGUUUUCAAGAACCCCCCUGAUGCCAGUGGUCGCUAUGCGCUGGAAAAUAAGCGCCUUUGGCAUGUCAAUGCCUCAAAUAUUGGAGAACUCACUCUGGCAAAAACAACUAAGCAGUUUAAAGAGUACUUCAACACAAAAAAUGAGCUGAAGUUGUCGUACUUUGACGGAGAAGAAGAAAUGUUAAUUUUGAAGAACGAAUAUUUGAUUGAAACAUGUUCUUUCUUUCUACAAUGCUUUCAGAAGUAUGAAAACCAUACCGAAUUUCUGAAAAUAUCUGCUACCGAAACGAUGGCGGAUACGCUUAGUACAACCUCAGUAAAAUUUGCAGUACAAAACAAAGCCUCUGUUCUCAGCAUGUACAACGCCGCUACGAGAUCGGCACCACAGCAAAAAACCAACACCAACGGGCCGACAGGCGAAACAGAAUCGAGAGACUACAAGAAAAUGCAGAAGAUGAAGGUCAAGGUCAGCAAUGAAUUCAAUUGCAAAGAAGAGCAGGCAGAUAUGAUCAGCAAAUCAGAAAUCAAAUGCACUGCCUGCAAGUGUGUAAUAAAACUCGGAAAGCCUUUUAACAUCCAUAACUUUAGGAGACACACCAGACGCUGCAAAAAGAUAGACGGGCAAGCUUCGAAGUCCAUAUCAAGCCUAUUUAUGGCAAUGACUGCAAUCGCCCAGCGCGUCUCUGACAAAGCGAAGGAAAUGGUGGAAUAUGUCCUUAAACUUCGGAACAAAGGAGAAUCAUCGAAUGAUUCAAUUGAUGUCCUUUUAACCGUGUUAGAUGGUGUGGCGGACAGGCCCUGUACUCUUGAGGCUGCUACAGACGACAUCAAACGCCUUUGUCUGAAAGUUGUGGGUUCUUCCGCACAUCCCCUCCUCGUCCACUUAUCAGAGCUGUGUGAGGAAGGCAACAUCAGUGAGCCAAAUGGUAGUGACGAGGAACGGAGCUCAACUAGUGAAGGCGACGAUGAGGAAGAACAUCAAGACAAUUCUCCGUUAUGA